AAAACAACACAGGCCCUGGAUAUGGCUACGUCUAUACUUGGGGAAGAACCACGAUUUGGAACUACCCCCUUAGCUAUGCUGGCUGCAACUUGUAACAAAAUUGGUAACACCAGUCCCCUUACCACUUUACCCGAUUCCAGCGCUUUUGCGAAAGGUGGAUUUCAUCCCUGGAAAAGAUCUUCCUCCAGUUGCAAUUUAGGAUCCACCCUCCCCGGAUUCGCCGUGGCGACAAGCCGAGGAUCGACCGGACUAACGUCGACCACAGGCACGGGCAACAGCGCCUUCUGCUUAGCCUCCACAUCCCCGACCUCCUCGGCGUUUACCACAGAGUACAGCAGUCUGUUUUCCAACUCGGCGAGCGUAUCCUCGCAGGAGUCAGGACAGUCAGCAUUCAUCUCCAAAGUCCACACUUCGGCGGAGACCUUGUACCCGAGGGUAGGGAUGGCGCACCCCUACGAGUCGUGGUACAAGUCCGGCUUUCACUCGACCAUCUCUGGGGAGGUCGCUAACGGGGCGUCCUCGUGGUGGGACGUCCACACCAACCCGAGCUCCUGGCUCGAGGUCCAAAACCCGGCCAGCACGCUGCAGACCUCUUUGCACUCUGGAACUCCCCAAGCCAUACACUCUCAGCUGAGCGGCUACAAUCCAGAUUUCUCCACGUUGACGCACUCCGCCUUCAGCUCCACUGGGAUAAGCCCCACGGCGUCCCACCUUCUGUCCACCAGUCAGCACCUGUUGACGCAGGAAGGUUUUAAGACCGUGAUUCCCACGUACACGGACUCUCCCGCCGCCAACGCCAUGAUCUCAGGAGCUAGUACGGGUAUAGGGGGCUCAUCGCGGUCCUCGAGGAGGUACUCCGGCAGGGCAACGUGUGACUGCCCGAACUGUCAAGAGGCCGAGAGACUCGGGCCUGCCGGUGCGAGCCUCCGGAGGAAGGGACUCCACAGCUGCCACAUACCUGGCUGCGGCAAGGUGUACGGCAAAACAUCUCACCUGAAGGCCCAUCUGAGGUGGCACACCGGGGAGCGGCCGUUCGUCUGCAACUGGCUUUUUUGUGGCAAAAGGUUCACGAGGUCCGACGAGCUCCAGAGACACCUGCGCACGCACACCGGGGAAAAAAGAUUCGCGUGUCCGGUGUGCAACAAGCGCUUCAUGCGGAGCGACCAUUUGAGCAAGCACAUAAAAACCCACACCGUCGGAGGAGGCGGCAAAAAGGGGAGCGAUAGCGACACCGACACCAGUAACCUGGAGACCCCCAGGUCCGAGUCCCCGGAACUUAUUUUAGAGGGGGUAAACGCCAGCAGAGUCACGGUCAAGGAUCCCUCUCCGCACAACGACUCGUAA